AUGGCUGAUAGAGACACACUGACGCUGCGCCGCCGCCCGGCCGUUGUCUUGCGGGGCUCUGGACCCGGGCCCUCGUCGCCCGCAGCGGCAGGGACCUCGACAAGAGCAGGGGCGGGGACAGGCAGCGGCAGCGGCAGCGGCAGGGAGAGUGGGACCCCGCUGGUAUGUGGGGCGCCGAGGAGGGGGAUAAGGGACGAGCAGAGGACGUGGCGGGUGCAUAUACUGCCUGAAGAAGAGCAUACCCUCCCAUCGAUUAGGCAGAUGUCGACGGGGUGUGGGGCGGUGGUGCAUAGCGGGGCGACGGUGGUUCCUCGUGCGCCGAGGGUGGGGCCGAGUAGGCGCGGGGUGGGUAGAGCGAGUGGUCGCAGGGUAGGCGAUAAUGCGGAUGAGACCGAGACGGAAAGGGACCGAGACGGGCAAAAGGAAAGCCAGGAGGAGGAGACGAUAUGGGCGGCGCAAAGUGGGGUGCUGGGCCCCGCAGUGGUCACGCUGGACGACGCGUAUCAUACACUUGCGAUGGGUGCGAUGAUGGUGCGGGGCACAGUCAGCGGGGGCGUGAGGUGUGGGUGUGUUUCGCGGGGGCUUGGGUGCGCCAUCUGUGGGAACGCACUUGGCGUUGAGAGGAUAUUCUGCGCUACCCACAGCGGUCCACGGACGUCUUGCGUCUUUCUCGGCAGCAGGGUCUCUCCAGCACCUCUUUCCAUGUCCAUAUUCACAUCCACUUCCCUCCCCGAUCUUCACACAAACACCGCUUCUCUACCAUCCACUGUCCCCGCCUCGCCCACCGUCCUCGCUCCUGCUCCAGCAGUCCCCGGACCGUCUCCACCCCCGCCAGUAGACUACUCCGACAUGCCCGACCUCGAUGAUGUGAGCAACAGCUCUGACGACGACGCGGCGGGCCCCGGCUCUGACGCGGCAGACACAGAUGUUGAGGAGCGGGACGAAGAGCGCAUGAUCCUCGCGCGCGCAGAGGCGAAUUUGAGGCGGGCAUUAGAUGCCCCGGCCCCCACGGCCAUACCGGAGAUUCCUGGCGCGAGGGCAGCGUUGAUGGGGGUGAUGGGGAGGCUGCAAGGGGAGAUCGAGGGGCUUGCACAACAGGCAAGGCAGGACCCAACGGAGGGGGAGACUGCAGAAGAAGGGCCAGGAGCUGAGCAGCAGCAGCAGCAAGAGCAACAAAACGAGGACCGAAUACGGGCCGAAGUGCAAGAAGAGGAGACGCAGCCACUCCUCGUAAACGCGCAGUUUCCAAACCAGGAAACGGACGACGUCCUUGAGCGCAUGAUGGAGCUAAUGGAGCGCUCACGGCUUGACCCAGCGUCGGACGCCGCGCCUGCCCCGGUUCAGGCUCCACGCAGACAGCCGACGUUGAGGACAGAGGAGAGCGUCAUGGAGUACUUCGGGGCGCGGCGAACUGAGCAAGGCGAGCCAGCAGCUAGCAGGACAUCUAGCUUCUUCAGGAACAUUUUGAAUACCCCGACCCCACCGUCGCCCAGCGAAAGCGCGGGCACCGCCGGGAUCGUGUACCCCACGUCACCGCUCGGGGCGGACCGGACGGCGUUCGUGCCCGGGGAGCCCGAGGCGCCGUCGCCGGCGAUGUUCAGGGACCUGCACAUGCAGAUCGACGCGACGAUAAUGCGUCUGGAGGCGGCCCGGGAGCGAAGCGCGGCCGUCCGGGCGAACCUGGUGGCGGAAUGGGCAGAGGUGGACCGGGGGGCGGAAGAACGCUUGAGGGAGCUGUUGGUCAGGGCCCAGGUGGUUAAUCUGGCGGGUACCGGCAACAACAGCACCGGUGCGUUGGACCCACAACCGCUGGCGGCGCUGGGGGGAAGCCAAGCUGUGACGACCCCCACAGCUCCCCCCGUGGCUGCCCGCACCAACCCCGGCGCCUCCGGCCCGAUGCCGCGCCUCGACACGGUGGACGCGAUGACGCGUGUCCUCAGGGCGGGGAGCCAAAUUGGAGACCCGCGCGCAACGGCAGCGGCAGCGCAAGGGCUGGUGAAUUUGGAGGUGAUCCAGGGCCGGGUGGACGAGAUGAUGGAGCGUGCGGGGGUGCUGUUGGGCCAGCGGCCGGGGGCGGAGACUGGUGCGGGUGCGGAUGCGGAUGCGGAUGCGGAUGCGGAUGCGGAUGCGGAUGCGGAUGCGGAUGCGGAUGCGGAUGCGGAUGCGGAUGCGGAUGCGGAUGUGCAUUUAAACACGGAGGAGGCAGAUGCAGCGCGAACCGAGAGGCGGAUCGUGUUCGAGCGGUGA